AUGCCCCGAUUGGAACUCUCACCGACUCGACGACGUGAUACCAAUACCGGUUCAUCUGGUAUUUUCAACUUCUCCUCGAUGCGUAACAUAGAUAUGAGAGCUGUCAUUCAUCGCGCGAGAGGUAUUCCUAGGGAGUUGGUACAUCGUUAUCACAAAUUAGGAAGGAAGGGCAAAGCAACGAUAUGGUUCAUAACGUUCAUGCAUUUCUUUAUGCUGGCUUUAGUGAUCAUCAUCACUCCCACGCGAAUAGGUCUAUUUUUCAGUAAUUUAGGUAUCAAACUUAGGGGAAUGGGGUGGAAAGGCAUGGUUCUAUGUGGUUUGUUCUGUAUACUAAGCUCGCAUCCACCUUUGUUCGGGUUCAUGGGUUCCCUCACUCUUAUAGGAUUCACAUAUGGCGUUUGGCCAGGAUUCUUGAUUUCUUUCAUAUCAUCAAUGUUGGGAUCGGUCAUAUCUUUCUUAUCAGUCAGGACAUUCUUCCUUGGAUAUCUGGGCAAGAACGAUAAAUGGGAAGCUUUCGGCAAUGUCAUGAGAGCAAAAGGAUUACCACUGGUGAUCAUGAUUAGAUAUUGUCCUAUACCUUGGGCAAUCGGUAAUGGUUUAUUUGCUUCAAUCGAGAGCGUCAAAUUAUGGCACUUCAUCUUAGCCAAUCUUCUAAUCCAACCUCGAUUGUUAAUACCAGUAUUUAUUGGAUCCCGAUUAACAUCAUUAGCGUCCGAGACUAAAGAUCCGUUACAGUUCUGGUUAAAUCUAUUGAGUAUAGGUUUAUCAUCGAGUAUAUCAGUUAUAACAGGAAUCGUGAUCUACAGAUUAACUCUGGAACAAAUGAGGAAAUUGAGUAAUGCCAAUGGUCAUAAUAACGAUGGAGAAUUAGCCGCUGAGUAUAUAGAAGAAGAUGCUUUAUUGGGUGAAUUGAAUCCGAGUGAAGAUGACUUUGAAGAUGAAGAAUCGGAAUUACUGACUAGACCCGAUUAUGGAGAUGGACAUAAACGAGAUGGGAGGUUAAAAGUUGACGAUCUGGAAUUAGGUAAUGGGAGAAAUACCAAAAAUGCAAAUAGAAGAAGAACAAGUGGAAGUGAUUCAGGUGUUGAAAACAGCGACAUAAACUUGAUUUGA